AAAUGUUGAAUAAUAACUGGUAGGCUGGCAGCUAGCGUAAAUUAGCCAAUUGCAUAAUAUUGGUAUGAGAUGAGUUUUAAAUGGAGUAACGUGGAGGAUUCAUAUAGCGGAGCCCAAGUUGUUUGGGACUAAGGCCUAGUUGUAGUGAUUCUUCACUAAGUAACUCGAACUGUUAGACCUAUCAAUCAGAAGUGGAAGCUUUUCUAUAGUUGAAGCAAUUCCGCUACUAGCAGUUGGCUUUUAAGUAAUUUGAUAAGUCAGUUUUCCAUGUUAUGAAGUGUUACUAUAAACAGUUCCUGUCGCAUCGUCGAAAAAAAAAGAAUAUUGUCAAUGGGAAAAGAAAAAUGAAAAUGAACUUCCUAUGAGCUCCUUAAGCCUUGCUAUAUAUACACAACAAACCAUUAUUUCAAUUGGUCUUCAUCUUGUAAUUAGCUUCAAGUAUGACAAGAUCAGAGCUGGUGUUUGUUCCUUCUCCAGGAUUAGGUCACCUUGUUCCCACAUGCAAGUUUGCAGUGAACUUGCUCAAUCUUGCUGAAGAACUAUGUGUAACCAUAAUCAUCAUCAAGCUUCAGCCACCAUUUGAUGCAGGCAUAGAUGAAUAUGUUGAUAGUUUCUCCUCUAGGGGUGAUAGAAUCAGAUUCAUCACUCUUCCUCAAGUUGAACCGCCGCCCUUAGAAGAGUUUACCAAAUCUGUAGAGAAUUUCCUCUCUCUUCUGAUAUCAAGCUAUAAACCUCUCGCCAAAGAUGCAAUUAUCAACAACAAAUGGAGAGACUCGAGCCCAAAAAUCGUUGGCCUAGUCAUCGAUAUGUUUUGCAGUUCAAUGAUUGACGUAGCAAAUGAACUUGGGAUUCCUCCCUAUAUUUUCUUCACUUCAGGUGCAGGUUUUCUUGGUUUUGUGCUUUACCUCUCCGUUUGGCAUAGCCAACAUGGGAGGGAAUUUAGCCUCUCGGAUCCUGAUUUAGAUUUACCUGCCUAUGCCGACUUAGUACCCUCAAAUGUCUUACCAACGUUUGCUUUCAAUAAGGAAGGUUACGCAGCAUUCAUGAACCAUGGUGCCAGGUUCAAAGAAACCAAAGGAAUUCUCAUCAACACAUUUGCUGAACUUGAACCUCAUGCUGUGAAUUCAUUAGCAUCUGACCCUCAACUACCUCCAGUAUAUACAAUAGGACCGCAUCUUGACCUUGCAGGUCAAAAGGGUAGGGAGGACAAUAAGGAAGAAAUCAUGAAAUGGCUAGAAGAUCAGCCACCAUCAUCUGUGCUAUUUCUGUGCUUUGGUAGCAUGGGAACUUUAGAGGUUCUACAGCUACAAGAGUUGGCAAAUGCCCUUGAACAAAGCGGGGUGAGGUUCUUGUGGUCAAUAAAAAUGCCCCUUGGUUCUGAAUAUGGCAAGUUUGAUGAGCUAUUGCCAGAAGGAUUCUUGAUUAGGACUAAAGACAGGGGAAUGGUGUGUGGUUGGGCACCACAAGUGCAUGUUUUGGCUCACAAAGCCACUGCUGGUUUUGUAUCUCAUUGUGGAUGGAACUCGACGUUGGAGAGUUUAUGGCAUGGAGUUCCAAUGGUGACAUGGCCUUUAUAUGGUGAGCAGCAGAUGAAUGCGUUUCAGAUGGUGAAGGAUCUUGAGCUGGCAGUGGAGCUGAGAAUGGAUUACAGGAUGGAGAACAACAGUGAUGGAGGAAUAGUAAGAGCAGAGGAGAUUGAGAAUGUUAUAAGAUGCAUAAUGGAUAGUGAAAAUCCAGUGAGGAAAAGAGUGAAAGAAAUGAGGGACAAAAGCAGAGAGGUCUUGAUGGAAAGUGGUUCUUCCUUUGUUUCUUUAAGACUUCUGCUCAAGACCAUUCUUGAUGGGAAGUGAAGAGCCACAAAUGAAAACUAAUGUUGUUAUCCAUAUGGUGAUUUGUGUAUUAUCUAGGUGCAUGCUUUUUGUGUUUUCAAUGUGGCCAAGUUCAUAGU